AUGCAUGGCCUCCAUCGCAAGGAAACAACACAUUCACUUCGACGGUCGGAAACCACGCACGCCAACCGCCUCUGGUGGACUGUUCUCAUGCUGGAGAAGCGACUCAUGAUCGCCACCGGGUGCCCCUUCACCUUGGACACUUUUAUCGACGCGCCUCUCCCCUCAGACUCGCCCGGAUUCCCCAACUCGGCCGCCAUGCAGAUCAACAUUCAGAUCGCGCAAAUCCAGACACGAAUCUAUUCAGGUACGUCGACCAUCCCUCCACCCCGAUCCUCUGCUCACCUUCGAAGUCAUCUACGGAAAUGA